AUGCACCGUAUCCGUGCCGCUUGCGAAGGUCAACUUAAGUGGGCAUUUCAGAUCGCCGCACCGCUGGAUCGAUGGGACGAUUACCAAGCCGUGGAUGGGGCCCCUGAAUCAAAUGAUGGAGAAUCGCGACGCGAAGUUACAUCGAAAUCCAACCCGAUUGAUGUAUCUUGCCAAUUCCUCAAACUUAGUCUCUAUUUCCAUUCAUGGAGAGAUAAGUGGCCCUUUGUUCUAAAGUUACUCCAUCUAAGGAUGGACAAUUGGCUGUCCUACUUAGUAAGCUCUCGGCACAUGAAUAAUCUUUGGGUGGAGCGAGAAGACGUCGAGAGCUGGAAGGUAAAAGAUACGACGUCCCAUGACAGCGCAUAUGUAUAUGGCAAGCACCCUCGAUACCACUUGUCGGACUCUGCGUUACUGUGGUUGGCUCUUUUGCAACUUGAGAAAUUGAUUGGGCUUAUUGAAAAUGAGAUUCAGCUCUCCAAUGGUCAAUUUGAAGAAAACACUGAGAUCAUGAUCAAAGACGUUCGACGAGACUUUAACAAGCAUCGAGAGGCUCUCAAUCUACGCAGGCUUCGGUCAGACAUACUCAAAACUCACGGAAUUUCAGUCGGCGAAUUAGGGACCUCGACGGUGCAAGAAGUGCUAGCCCUCACUGGCGCUGGGGCGACUGGUGUCUCUGCCUCCGGGACACAUAGAGCAAAUGACUUUUCAGAGCAAACACAAUCGCAGAGCGACCCGACAACGACAGGGAAAGCAAAUAUCCAGGCAGCGAAACCAGAUGAGCGUGUUCAAAAAGUCAUUGCGCUGGAAAGAGGAAUUAAGGAACUCACCUUCGAAAUAAAAGCGUAUGAUAAUGCGACUAUCGAAGCGGUUGUAUUCGGAAUAUUUGACGGCCCUCAAGAUAAAGCAGGAGAGGCCUGGCUCAACACUAUGAAACUACAACAGAACAAGGACAUUGAAACCAUCGACGACCCAUGCCACCUUGCAUUAGCAUCAUGGGCUUCUAAUUUCAACUAUGCAAUUUGUAAGUCAAAUGGAUCCUCCGUGACAGAUGCUGCCUACCUGAGACUUUCGAACGCCCUGUUUGAUUCAGGCGCUUUCGCAAGGGAUAUCAAAGCAGACAGGCUGGAGCAAACACGAGCAUGGUCAUCUAGUCCUUAUUCAGAUAAUCAGCAAAGCGAACGUCGUCAAAGCGCAAAUGUUUUGCUGACCGGCUCACAAAAGCUACCGCUGCCACUCGCGAGUUCCGAGUCAAAAUUUGAAAGUCGGACGGUGGCACCAGUGGUAGUGAUACCCGAGAUGUUGGACACGGCUUCGAGCAAGGACAGUCAAAAUGCCAUAAACACGAAUUUUUUGCCAAGUUGGAUGUAUCACUAUCCGGACUUCAUUCAUAAUGAUACCUUAGUCAUUGAUAUUAGUAAGGAGCUAGAGCAGCUUGGAUAUGUCGAAAGCUUAAGGUCUGCUAUCACCGCAUGGAGAGAUCAGAAAGAAUUCAAUCUUGAUGGUUACUGGGACUUGCCAUUUGCGCCAUCUGUGAUUGAUUCGGGAAUCAAAAAACCCACGAGCUCUGGAGACGGUUUAGCAGAACGUCAGAUCGUGAUAGAUCAUUGCUGGUAUGGAUGGUCGUUGCAAAAGCGGUUGCUUCAAUCUCGGACCAUCGAUCAAGCCAAGAAACGACUGAUUGAGUUGCCAAGUCAAAGCAAGGAAAGCCUCUUGGUGUGCUGGCUCACAGCCUCGGAUCAAGAGAAACCAUUCUUGCUUGAUUUCAUUCGUCGGCAUGAGAUGGCUGAGAAUUUCUUUGGUGAACGUGCACAUAUGCUAGGUAAUAUUUGGGAAACAGAAUUUCAUAUUGGGUUUUACCAGUUGGUGGAUGUCGAAAGGGGGGAUUAUCCCAAUGACGCUGUUCCACUCCAUGGUCAGUCGUCUCGUACCAGAAGGAUGCCAACCUUGACUACCACUUCGCAUCGUCACGAAAUCAUGCCGGUUGCGAUCAGUUUCCGGUUCGCCGGCGACCUUCGUGAUCGCUUUUGGACAUGCCAUUUUCUUUCUUCAGUCGCAACUAUCAGCGGAUUUAGGGGCCUGGCCGAAGAACAUGACCGGUCUAUGGACUCAACUGAGGAUUUCUACAAGGAAAAGCAGGGCCAAAGAAAGAUCCUGGAGCUAGUCUAUGUCGAACGUGCUCUUGGGGAAAUGAAGCGAAGCAUUGACGGGCUUUUAGCUGCAUUUCAAAAAGAGUUGGCUGUACCUGAAACUAGAGACCCUCAAGGUGAGAGUUUCGAAUUCAUCUACGGUUAUUCCAGCCUGCAUUUAAAAGCCGGCGAGAUACUUCGUGACAUUUUGUCACAGUUGAACAUGUCCAUAAACGCCAUCUCCGAGUGGGAGAGAAGGGAGGAGACCCGGGGGUUUCGUAGCCGAUGGUCAGAAAAGGAUGAAGAACGUCAUGGUGAAAGAUUGAAAGACCUCUCUAGAAAAUGCAAACUUAACCUCCAGCAGCUCCGAGUACAGCAGAGCCGACUUCAGGAACAACGUGGCUUUGUUGAGCAGCGACAUAACAAUCUUGUUAGCUACAUGCAACUCCGAGAGGCCCGUACGAGCACUCGAUCAGCAGAGGACGUUCGCUUGUUUACCUACGUGACCAUUAUAUUCUUACCUCUUUCAUUCUCCUCGAGCCUGUUCAGUAUGCAGGGCGCACCGGCGGGUCAUACUAUCUCGAUCAUGGCUCCAACUACCAUUAUCGCCCUCGCCGCUACGGUUCUUCUACUUUCGAAUAUGAAGUUGUUGGACCGAAAUUGGAGUUUCUGGAUGAAUAGGCUCCAUACCGAUGCUCGGAAGAGAAUGAAAGCUAGCAAGCAUUCAUGGGCUGUGCCUUGGAACAAAGUAUCGAGAGAGCUUGAUGAGGCAGCUCAGAGGAGACUUACUAAGUCAGACUAUGAACGUCGCUUACCUGCCGAGAGCAAAUGGUGGUACUUCUUAUUCUGGGCAUUCUAUGCUGCCAAAGUACCCAGAACAUUGGUAAUGGAGGGUUACACGGCAUGGCUGACCUACCCCGGAUUCUCCUCAAAUCGCCUUAUACUUAUUUGCAGGAUCUUAGCUGCCCUCCUGUUCGCACCUAUCUGUGCGUUGAUAUUCAUCUGUCAAGUACUAUUGACUGUAGGCUAUGAUACCUGCAACUUCCUUGCGACCAUGGUGCUAUGGGUACUAAGCCCAAGACAAGAUGAGAAGAACGCAGCUACUCAGUGGAAGAAGAAUUUUAGAAGUAGGAGACGACAAGCGCGGAUAGAACGGCAUGCAGAAGGCAAAGAUGAAAAAGACAGAAAGGAAGAGAAGGGCAAUGAGGUGCCAAAGAGAAGCGACACCGCCACCACAACAGCCAGACCCAGUCGUGUACAAGACGGGUUGGAGAAAGUUACAGAUUGGCUUAUCUCGCCUCCACGCCCGAUUCGAGGUCAUACUGCGAAAUGGAGGCCUCGGAAGCCGGACGCGGCGAAUGCAGGAUCUGAUUCGGCUGGCAGCUCGAGUGAUGAGUCUGACGACGUCUCGUCUUUCUAUAGCCAUGAGUUGAACAGUGAUGAUGAUGACAAUUGGAAUGGUAAGGCAGAAACACAGCAGCAGACUGACGAGACUGGCAAUGGUGGUGAGGGCGAGGAAGACUCUUCUCCACCAGAGGCUAAGGAGCUGCAGAGGGAGAUGAAUGGGGCUGAGCUUGAGGACAGCCCGAAGAGAAGGAGGUGGAGAGGUAUGUUCAAGAAGGAGAAGCCGGAAGAGCGUGUGUGA